GCGGUGUGAGCCCCCCGGCUGUACCCUGCAGGCGCUGCCGGGCCGCGGGGCGCCCAUGGGCCGAGAGGCGCCGUGACGGCGGGGGACGGGGCUCGGAGCUAAACCCCGGCACCGGGAGGCUGAGCGCGGAGCCUCGGAGCCGAGCGGGGCGCGGCGGCUGCUGGAAGCACCUGGCCGUUGCGGCACCGCAGAGGGUAAAAUGUUCGCGAAGCUGAAGAAGAAGAUCGCGGAGGAGGCGGCUGUGGCUCCCAGAGCAGGGGGAGCCGCCAGGAUCCCCAGGUCCAUCAGCAAGGAGUCCAUAACGUCCGUGGGGGCGGACUCGGGAGAUGACUUCGCUUCUGAUGGAAGCAGCUCUAGAGAGGAUCUUUCAUCCCAGUUGUUCAGAAGAAAUGAACAAAUAAGAAAGCUGGAGAUCAAGCUGUCUGAUUAUGCUGAUCAGAUCCGAAACUUGCAGAAGAUAAAAGAGAAGCUUGAGAAUGCAUUAGAAAAGCAUCAGGAUUCCUCCAUGAGGAAGUUUCAAGAGCAGAACGAAGCUCACCAGGCCAACCGAGCCAAGAUGGCUGAGGGAAUGGCUUUGGCCUUAGAGAAAAAGGACCAGGAGUGGAUGGAAAAAUUGGGUCAAGUUGAAAAGGAAAAGAAAAUGCUUGAAAAGCAGUUACGAGAAAUGAGGGAGCAGAGUUUGAACCUUUUUCAGAAGAGAGAUGAAAUUGAUGAACUGGAAGGCUUUCAACAGCAGGAAAUGGCCAAAGUUAAACACAUGCUUUUGAAAAAGGAAGAAUCUCUGAGCAAAGCAGAGCAGGAACUCGAGGCAUGCACUCAAGAGCUAGCCCACACUAAGGAAGUGCUUCAGGAUGCAAGCAGUGAAUCAUCAGGCCUACGAAAAGAUCUUCAGGAGUUGCAGCAGCAGUUCUUGGAGCUAGAGGCACAGAGAGACCAACUAAGGACAGCUGAGACAAAUGCAGAAAAUAAGAUAACUGCUCUGGAGUUACGCGAACAGGAACUACAAACUGUCAUUCAGCAGCUUUCUGUAGACUUGCAAAAUGCUCAAGUUGCUGGUUCUGGUUGUGAGAAGAGACUGGAAAUGUUACAAGUGGAGCAUGAAUCUCUGAAGGUGGAAUAUGAGCAACACAAGCUAAAGAUGACUUUUGAAUUUGCUGAGAGAAAUAAACUUACUGAACAGCUGCAGGAAAAAGUGUCUUCUUUGGAAAAGAAGCUAGAAAGAAAUCUUUCAGGGGAUGAACAUGUGCAGGAACUACUCAAGGAGAAAGCUGCUCUUGAGCUGAAACUGGAUGAAACCAGACAGCAGAUAGUAACAGACAGAAUGCAUCAUGCUGAUACUGUGAACCAGUUGGAAACACAGAAUAGAGAACUGGAACAAAAACUGCAGAUCACAACAGAAACAUUGAAAAAGACCAAAGAAGCAGCUGGUGAGCAAGAUCUGAAGAUCCAGAAGUUGCAAACCGAUCUGGAAAAUGAAAGAAACAAACUGCAGCAGCAGAUAUCAAAUGAGAAACAUCAGUAUGAACAGAAAGUUACUGAGCUGGAGUCUCAAAUUGCUGCUCUUGAAACAGCUUGGGAAUUUGAUAAAACAUCUACUCGGCACAAGAUAAGCCAGUUGGAGAAGGAAAAUGAACAUCUUAAUGAAAGCAGAGAAAAGUAUGAGAGUUCUUUAAAAAACCAAGAAUCUGAACUAAACAGGCUAAAGAAGGAAAUAAGCAGCAGGGAGACUGUCAGCACUGAAAUUGCCAAAGCACUGGAAGAAACACGAAAACAGAGGGAGGAAUUCCAGCAGCAGGUGUCACAUCUGGCUUCCUUAAUAAAGGAAAAAGACCGACUUAUCGAUGAAAAAUCUGGUGUGCUUCUCAAACAGAAGGAAGAACUAAACCAACUCAGACAAGAUCACGAAGCUGUCUUGCUGCAAAUGCACCAGUUGCAAUCUGAUAUAGAGGCAUGUAACAGCCAAGCAGUGGAGAAAGAAGAAACGGCAAGAAAGGAAAUAGAUGAGUUGAAGUUGCAGGUUUCAGAUCUAGAAGAAUCAGCAGGAGCCUUGAACAACGAGCAUUUACAUCCUCCAGAAAACCGUGUGAUGGAACAGAAUGGAGAGAUAGCAGCUGCAGAUGUCAUUCAACUUCAGAAGGAUAACAGAGAGCUGGAACAGCAAAUUGUUGAGAAGAACAAGAUGAUAAAGCAGCUACAGCAAAGAAUGACAGAACUGAAAAAAACCCUCCAAAAAGAACUGAAAAUAAGGCCUGACAGUGAGGUACCUGAAGUACGUGAAAAAACAAAUUCUGAAGUGCCUAAUACUUCUGUGACUGUCACAAACAAUUCUGAUUUAAAUGACUCAAGGGAGAUAAACUUUGAAUACCUUAAACACGUUGUACUAAAAUUCAUGUCCUGCCGGGAGUCUGAGGCAUUCCAUCUAAUUAAAGCAGUGUCCGUGUUACUGAAUUUUUCACAAGAGGAAGAAAAUAUGCUUAAAGAAACUUUGGAGUACAAGAUGUCGUGGUUUGGGUCAAAGCCAUCUCCUAAAGGCAGUAUCCGGCCAUCUAUCUCGAGCCCAAGGACACUGUGGUCUUAAGGGAACCUGAAAAUGGGCGUUCAGCAUCUAGCCACUUUUUUUUCUGUGAAAAGAACACUGAACACACCACUUCAGGUGUGUCUUAAUCACUGUCAUUGCAGUAUUUUGUACAAGAACUUGGAAGCUGUUUACAAAAGUAGUACUGUGCAAGGAGAAAUUUUCACUACAAACUGCAACACCUCUUCUGGGCUGGAUUCAGGGACCAUUGUCUCGAUGGUCUUUCAAAGGAAGUCAGCUCCUUGUGCUCAUCAGUCUGGUUUUCUUGGCACCAAAGGGUAACGUUAACCUCACUAACUCCGGUGCUGGCAGUUCAAGCUUCUAACACGUGCAUCUGUUAUGAGGGCGGCUCCGGCUUCUGUUAAGGAGUGCUAGAGUUGAGUAACUCUAGACACAGUAAAGCUUCCUUGUCUCGCUGUGGAAAGCAAGCAAUGGAAGAAAAAUAUUGGCAAUACUGUACUGAAUUUUUGACAGUUUGAGAAGGCUUUCAGAGAACAGGAGCAGGAGCUUUAACCAAAAAAGAAAUUUGCCUUGCCUUGUUAUACUGACAUAACUAAUAAUUUGCAUCUUUUCAUAUCACUGUGUAAUUUAAGGUGCAUAUAUCCUGGCCUGCAGUCCUGAAGGCUGCAUGUUGAUGACGAUUAUUUAAUUUGAGAGCACAACUUUAGAGUUGUCUGAUUUUACUUUUCUUAAAGAAAAAUAAUAUUUAAAAUGGUCUUAAUUAUAGUCCUAAUACUCAGUCGCCUUUAAAACUAAUCUAUUAGUCUGUACUAUAGGUUGUUAGCAUUGGGAAGAAGGGGAGGUAAACUGUUUUAAAUUUUUAAAGCUGAAUUCCAGGUAUUGUAAAUGCACACUGAAAAUAGCUUUUAUUUAAAAAAAAAAAAAAAAAAGAGAGAGGAAAAAAAGGUGAAGAAUAUUGGUACUAUUUUUUUCCUUUACAAGUCUGAUAGUGACAAAGUUUCAUAAGCAGUAUCCACCUCUCUUGUUGUGGUUUUGUAUAGUUCAGAUACUGAUGCUUAAAAACGGUUAUGAACAUGUAGUGGGCUGUUAACUGUGUCCUAGCUACAUAGUGAAAGGAACGCUGCUUAGGAGGUUUUUGGUUUUGAGGGCAAAAUUCAACUCUUAAUAGAGCUUGGUUCCAGCAGGUUGCUUCCUUCUGCCUUAGGGGACCAAGUUGGCACAGACUGGAAGCACAAUUUUGCCCUUUAGUUACAACACCACCACACAAUCUAGAUGAAAAUAGGAAGCAGCAAUCAGUCUGGCUCCUUAAAAUUUGGAUAUAUUUUCGUAAAACUAUGCAUGUAUGGAAUUUGAGCAGGCUGCAAUGCUGGCAAUUCUCUUACAAUGAGGUUUGUGUUACUAACAAUGUUAAAUGCAGUCAAGAAAAUUCCACCUGUCCUUAGUGGAAAUACGAUCGCUAUUGAGAAGUUGAACUUUGCUUUGCUAACAGGGGUCGGAAUGACCGUGGUGGUGGCAGUCGAGAUGUAGUGUUGAGUUUCAGCAGGUGGACUGCUCCCAUGCACGCGGACGCUGUGGUGAAGAUGAAAGUAUCCUGCAUGAGGUCAAGUUGACAGAGCAGAAAAUCUGCUGCAAGUCUUCGAUUUUGGUUAAGUAGCCAUAUACAAGACAUAGGUACUCACAGGAGCUAUUACCUUGGCACAAGUGACACUCCUCAGUUUAGAGCCAGGCUCUAUUUAGGUUUAGUAAAACCAGCAGGGCUUUUUAGUACAUUAAACUUGUCAAAACAGAGUCUUUAGCAACUUCUGAUCCGUGGCACUUAACUGUAUAGGGUAGGGAAGUUACUGGGAAGAGUACAACUCCAAUAAUGAAAACAGACAAUCAAAGUGUAUUCUGUCAGCUGCUCCUGUAUUGAAACGAAGCGGGGCAGGCUGAUAACCCUAUUGGUUCUGGGAGGGGCCUUCUUUAGAAUGUCCCCUUGUCCUGUUUCUGUGGGACCAAGGCCAAGGGACAGGAUUCUCUCAUGCUGAUGCCUGCGUAAUGACAGAUUGGUUUAAGGUGAGCCUGGGUUGAAAAGCUACUGCUGAAUAGUAACAAAUGCAGUACAGGAACCCUAGGAGAAAGCGUGAUCCAUGUCUUAGCUAAUAUACUGACUAACACUUUAAGAUCUCAGAACUCAUACAGGAUCAACUUACCGUAAGAACUAGUUCUCCAGUGUUGAAUUUUCUUCAGAUAGCAGAGCAAGAAUGGUGUGUGCGUGUGUGUGUGUGUGUGGUGUACUAAAAAAAAAGCUAAUGCACUUUCCCUUGUAUAAAACCAGUGGUAUACACAAUCCUUUCUAUGGCCAAUGGAUUUCUUUCCUUCUAUGCUGUAAAUAUGGAUUGUAUUGAAACACUAUGACAUUUGUGGUGCAAUACAUUUUGGAUUAAAACUCUAAUCUUGA